UUAUUCCAUGAAAGGAAGUAUAUUAUACCCCUAUAAACCGUGUUUAAACUUGUUAAAUCUAGUUCAAUGGCUAAAAAAUGUUGACAGUGUUUGGAAAUUUAUACACAGUAAUACAGAUAAAUCAUGGCUGUACCACAGAACUUAUCUUCAACCCUGUCUCAGGGUUCUGGAGAAGAUUUUGAAGUUUUCUGCCAGCCGUGUGACAGAGAUGACAUCAGGCUACCUGCCGCCGGGUACUGUGUAUAUUGUGAAGAGCACCUGUGUGACUCCUGCUUUAACACCCACAGGAAACCAAAACCACUUCGGCAUCAUAAACUUCUAGAUAAAGACAACAUGCCACACACACAAAGUCUUUCUAAAAAGUCUAGUUCUACUCGUGUUCGCCAGCCAGACUACCUAACAAAUCCUUGCUCCAAACAUACAAAAGAAGUGAUCAAGUUCUACUGCCAUGACCAUGAAGCACUUCUAUGCAGUGUAUGUGUGACCCUUGACCAUACCCGUACAUCCUGCCAGAUUGACUACAUACCGGAUAUAUCUGGACACACCAUCGACAGCACUGACUUCAAAGACACUCUUAAAGAGCUUGACAAAAUAACUGAGGAAUGUCAUAAGAUUACAGCAGAUCUGAGGCAAAUGGUUGCAAAAUCAAACACUUCUUUGACAGAUGUUCUCACAGAAAUAAAGAAGUUCAGGGACGAAAUAAACCACAGGUUAGAUGAACUUGAAAAGGAAGCUUCAGAAGCAGCAAAUGAUCUAAAAGAAGAGAAUGACAUCAAGUUGAAGACCAUAGAUAAAACAUGUGAUAAUGUCAGUAAAGCUCUGAAAGCAUCGUCUGAUAAGAUAAAACAACUUAACACAACAAAGAAAGCAGAUGGACUCUUCAUUGAGCUUAAAAAUGCCCAGCAACUGAUCAGAGAUAAUGAAGGAAGAAUGUCCAAGCUAAAAUCCCCUGGAGUUACAAAAGAAUACACAUUUGAUCCAAGUCAAGCCAUUCAAACACUUCUUCAAAAUGAGAAGUCAUUAGGUACAUUAACAGCUAAAAUACUAGAACAGCCAAGUCCUUCUUCAACCUCAACUUUAAAAUCAAGGACAAUUUCACCUCAUAAAAACAUCAGUGUCAAGAUGUCAUCAGACAAAAAAGACUGUUACAUAACAGGCAUUGCAGCUUCUUUCCCAAACCAAGUAUUUCUAGCAGAUAAUAACAAUCGCACAAUUAAAAUGGUAGACAUCAAUACUCAAGCUAUACAACAACUGAGCCUGGAUUCAUGGCCCAGGGAUGUUACCACAACCACCAGAGAUGAACUUGCUGUCACAUUACCAGGUAACCACACAAUACAGUUGAUAUCCUACUCCUCGAACAUACUCUCUAAGAACCAAAAACUUAAAACAGAUGGAGUGUGUUAUGGUAUCAGUUACUGCCAGGGAAAACUUGCAGUAACAUUUACAAUUCCUGCAAAACUGCAAAUCAUGGACUUGAAAGGUACUGUACAAACAACAGUCAUAACACACUCAAAUGGUAAAACUAUUUUCAGAAGCCCAGAAUAUGUCACUACCAACAGCAAUGCUAUAUACGUAUCUGACCUGGGAAUGCAGGCAAUUAUAUGGUUAAACUGGCAGGGAGAACUAAUGGGUAGUUAUGGAGGAAUGGGAUCUCCACAAGGUAUUGCCAUGUUAGAUGAUGGAUCAUUCUGUGUGAGUGAUACGCGAAAAGACAAAUGUAACAUACUCAAUGUAACUGGUGACUGUAAAGACAGUACAACUGUACUGAAGGAUUUAGAUCGUCCAAAGGCUAUUUGCUGGUGUGAUGCUACCAAAACUUUUUAUAUCAGUAACUGUAGUGAUGACAAAAUAGAAAUAAACUUCAUUCAAAUCUACAAGACGUCAUAACAUAGAGAAGAGCUUUUCUUCUGAUAUAACACCAAGUGCAAACAACAUCAAAAUGAUGAUGUAAAAGUUAUUUUUAGAUAAUCUUCAUCUUCACAUUAAAAUUGCCCAAGAAACAAAAAGCUUGGAUAGAACACCUGACUCAACUACAAGAAAAUCUGUAAACCAGACAACUUCAGUGUACACAAUUUCAUGAAAGUGCACUAUGUCAUAUAGGUGGAAAUAAAAAGAAGCAGUCAA